GGAAGGAGAAUUUUGUUAGGGCUUAGCGCUAAAGAAGAAUUGGGCCAGACUGUAAGAAAAGUUGGUUCAGAAGCACGGGGAAGAAGGUGAAAGCAAAAGCCUUUCUUCUCUCCAAACUGGGUUUCUCUGAAUCGAUUGAGAACGACACCGAGAAACAAUGGCGUCAUCGUCGAGCAGUGGCUUAACCUUCAAACUCCACCCGCUAGUUAUACUCAACAUAUCGGAUCACUACACCCGGGUCAAGUCCCAGUCCCAACCUCCACCUCCCCACUCCGCCCCCAACGGCGCCGAACCCUCCUCCCCCGCUGCUACUGCCUCCGCUCCGCCUAGGGUUUUCGGAUGCGUCAUCGGCGUUCAGCGAGGCCGCACCGUUGAGAUCUUCAACAGCUUCGAGCUUCUCUAUGAUCCCGUUACUCACUCUCUCGACCGUGGCUUCCUCGAAAAGAAACAAGAGCUUUAUAAGAAGGUGUUUCCCAACUUUUACAUACUGGGAUGGUACUCAACUGGGAGUGACGCUCAGGAAUCAGAUAUGCACAUUCACAAAGCUCUGAUGGAUAUCAAUGAAAGCCCAUUAUAUGUUCUUCUUAACCCCUCUAUCAAUCAUGCACAGAAGGAUUUGCCUGUCACUAUAUAUGAAAGUGAGCUGCAUGUGAUUGAUGGGAUCCCACAGCUUAUUUUUGUCCAUGCAAGCUACACUAUUGAGACGGUUGAAGCUGAACGAAUUUCUGUGGAUCAUGUUGCACAUCUUAAACCCUCGGAUGGAGGUUCUGCUGCUACUCAAUUGGCUGCUCAUCUUACUGGCAUACAUAGUGCUAUCAAAAUGCUAAAUAGUAGAAUCAGAGUGCUUCACCACUAUCUUCUUGCUAUGCAAAAAGGUGAAAUUCCUUCUGAGAAUUCAUUGCUAAGGCAGGUCUCUAGUCUCUUGAGAAGAUUACCAGCAAUAGAAUCGGAGAAAUUCCAAGAUGAUUUCUUGAUGGAAUAUAAUGAUACCUUAUUAGUGUCUUACCUGGCCAUGUUCACCAACUGCUCAAGCACAAUGAAUGAGCUGGUUGACAAAUUCAACACUGCAUACGAUAGGCACAGCAGGAGAGGCGGGCGAACUUCUUUUAUUUGAGCACUGAAGAGUAUUGGCAUGAUCCAACUUCUUUUAUUUGAGCACUGAAGAGUAUUGGCAUGAUCUAUCCCAGCCUGGAUUUUUUCUCGAGUAAAAGCACAAAGUUUAGCCUUAUGUACCUUGGUCAAAGCAUAUCAACAAUGUAGAAAUCAAAGUAGAUAUUAUGCUUUACAUUCUUCAUCCUCU